AUGAGCAACGCGAAGGCCAAGGAGCGCAACGCCGCCGCUGUGCAGCGAUUAUUCGCGAAGCGGCAGGUGCCAUCCCCCUCACCGUGGGUGGGACCAAGCACGCGCCUCUCCGACGGGACGCUGCCGCCUGAGGUGCAACUGGGCAACCAGUGGCAGCUCGCACACGAAGUGGGCCACGAGCCGGCACUGCUUGGCAGNCUGCCGCCUGAGGUGCAACUGGGCAACCAGUGGCAGCUCGCACACGAAGUGGGCCACGAGCCGGCACUGCUUGGCAGUAACACCGCCGCGGCUCCUUGCAGGCGCGCUGACGAAUACGGCGACCCCUUGCAGUCGUGCUACUCCAUGAAUAGAAAGAUUGCCCACCACGCGUGGCCCACCCCCGCCGACGCGAAGAGGAAGUUGCAAGGUCACCCCGGCGCCCACGCGAGUGCGAAGGAAAGACGGGCCGCGAGGGAGAGGGAUGAGGCGAUCAUCCGCUACGAGUUGUCCAUUCCGCGCCGCCGGGUGGCCGCGCACUAUUCACACCUCACGGCGGGGCAGGCGGACCUCCACAAGACAGUGCCGACAGCGCACACAAUGGACAGGCUCGUAGAGCGGACGGGCGGGCGGNCCUCCACAAGACAGUGCCGACAGCGCACACAAUGGACAGGCUCGUAG